UUCGAUGAAUUGCUGGACGAAUUUGCGGCGAAUAAAUACAAGAAUGAAAAGGCCGUUCUUGAAAUCAUGAAUGAGGAAGGUCGCUCGAAUUAUUAUGUAACAUUUUUCAGGCUUAUUACUUCUGGUCAUUUGCGUGAAAAUGCCGACGAAUAUGAAGGUUUUAUUGAUGGCGGCCGCACUGUGGUACAGUUCUGUCAAAGUGAGGUUGAACCAGUGUACAAAGACUGUGACCAUUUAGCAAUUAUCGCACUCACCAAAGCUAUAGGGGUCUCGAUUCGUAUCGAAUAUAUGGAUCGGACGACAGCUCCGGAUCAUGGAUGGUUUUAUGAUUUUAUUGUCGAAAAAAAGCCGCCAAGGCAUUUCUUCUUGUAUCGUCCGGGACAUUAUGAUAUCCUUUAUAAAACGUAA